CCUUCUUCCUUUCAUACUUGCUUUUCUGUAUUUCCUAUAGUCGAGAAUCCAUCUGCUUUCAUUGUUAAUUUCUGUUGCAAUUCAAAUGGCCGGCAGGGGCAAGACUCUUGGAUCUGGGGCUGCGAAGAAGGCCCAAUCAAGGAGCAGCAAGGCGGGGCUCCAGUUUCCCGUGGGUCGUAUUGCCCGUUUUCUCAAGGCUGGGAAGUAUGCAGAACGUGUUGGCGCCGGAGCUCCUGUGUACCUCGCCGCCGUUCUUGAAUACCUUGCUGCAGAGGUGUUGGAAUUGGCUGGAAAUGCAGCAAGGGACAACAAAAAGACUAGGAUAGUUCCAAGGCACAUUCAAUUGGCUGUGAGGAAUGAUGAGGAACUGAGCAAGCUUCUUGGGGAUGUUACAAUUGCCAAUGGUGGCGUGAUGCCAAACAUUCAUAACCUUUUGCUGCCUAAGAAGGCUGGUGGUUCAUCAAAGCCAUCUGCUGAUGAAGAUUAGAUGAAAGGAAAUACGAGAAACAAAAAAACAGAAGACUUCAUUUGCAACCUGGGUUUUUGAGAGCUAGAUGUUAGUUCAAGCAAGCUUUAGUUGAAGUAGUAUUUUGUUUAUGUUGUGCUUAUUUCAAUUUUCAAAUUUUUGUUGUCUUUGUUAGUUGGAUUAUGCUAGAUAUGUGAAUAGAAUUAAACAAGUGAACUCUUGUUCUGGUUAAUUGAUGAAGAGCUAAAUUUCAAGAAAUAUUGAGGUGACAAUUUCUUCUUUUA